AUGUUCGCCAACUGUUCACGCCGUGUGAGACUGCACGCCCCCAUUCGAAUACUCGCUCGAGCCUUCCACAUCUUCCGUGAUGUCCCCGCUCUCCGCCAGCAUCGCCGCGAACUGCUUCUCAAUGGACAAUCUGUCGGUCUGGUGCCAACGAUGGGAGCUCUGCACAAAGGCCACAUCUCCCUUGUACGACAAGCUGCAGCCGAGAACAGCAAGGUUUUUGUCUCAAUAUACGUCAAUCCUACGCAAUUCGGCGUGAAUGAGGAUCUCGAUAGCUAUCCAAAGACAUGGGAACAGGAUAUCAAAAUGCUGAAAGAGCUCGACAGCCAGCUGGAGUCGGAAGGACAAGGACGUGUAGAAGCCAUCUUUGCACCGACAACCAAGACAAUGUAUCCCACACUCCCACCAGAUUCGACGUUGCCGGGUACGGGUUCCUUUGUAACCAUCACUCCGCUUGCCAAUCUUCUGGAGGGUAAGAGCAGGCCCGUGUUCUUCCGUGGGGUGGCCACAGUUUGCAUGAAACUGUUCAAUAUUGUGGAAGCAGAACGUGUAUACUUUGGGCAGAAAGAUGUGCAGCAGACAGUGGUGAUCAAGCGCAUGGUCAAGGACUUGCAUGUCAACACCGAGGUCAGGAUCAUCCCGACGGAGCGGGAGAAAGAUGGUCUGGCAAUGAGUAGUAGAAAUGUGUAUUUGGGGGAGAGGAGACGAAAGGUCGGCAUUGUGCUCUCUCAAGCGCUGAGAGCGGCAGAAGGUGCUUAUAUGGCUGGGAGAAGGAAAAGGGAUGAAAUACUGGCUCUGGCGUGGGAUGUGACCAACACGACGGAUAUGGAGCAGGAUGGAUUGGGAGCGGGUCAAAGAGCACGAUUCGAAGUGGAUUACAUCUCUCUCGCUGAUCCGGAGACUCUGGAAGAGGUGGAAGUGGUGCAUAGCAGCAGGGGUGCUGUGUUGAGUGGAGCGAUUAAAAUGCUCCCGCUGGAGGUCACGAAUGAAUCAGAGAUAUUGGGUGUAGGAGAUGAUCAGGUUGCUGUCAGAUUGAUUGACAACAUCGUUCUACAUCCGCAAGCAACUUGA